AUGUCAACCUACCUGGACUUCCCGCUCCUGAGACUGGAUGACAUAGUGGAUGAGCAGUCCAACAUCGUGGGCUUCUCCAUGUUUAACACCACCCAUCCCUUCUACUUGGAGUUCAUCCGGAGCUUGAAUCUCUCGUGGAGGGAGGGAUGUGACCUGACGUACCCCGGGCCGGCGCUCUCGUCAGCGCUGAUGUUUGAUGCGGUGCAUGUGGUGGUGGGGGCCGUGAGGGAAUUGAACCGCAGUCAGGAAAUUGGAGUGAAGCCGCUCAGCUGCUCCUCGCCUCAGAUCUGGCAACACGGGACCAGUCUGAUGAACUACCUGCGCAUGGUGGAGUACGAUGGUCUGACAGGGCGUGUGGAGUUCAACAGCAAAGGGCAGAGGACCAACUACACCCUGCGGAUCCUGGAGAAGCACAGAGGAGGCCACAAAGAGAUCGGGAUCUGGUACUCCAACAACACUCUGGCAAUGAACUCCACCAGUCUGGACAUCAAUGUUUCGGAGACGCUGGCCAACAAGACACUCAUCGUCACCACUAUAAUGGAGAACCCAUAUGUGAUGCGCAGAGAGAACUACCAGGACUUCCAGGGCAACGACCAGUACGAGGGCUUCUGUGUGGACAUGCUGAAGGAGCUGGCAGACAUCUUGAAAUUCUCCUUCAGAAUCAAGCUGGUGGACGACGGGCUGUACGGGGCGCCAGAGCCCAACGGCUCUUGGACUGGCAUGGUUGGAGAGCUAAUCAACAGGAAAGCAGACCUGGCCGUAGCGGGCUUCACCAUCACAUCGGAAAGAGAGAAAGUUAUCGACUUCUCUAAGCCGUUCAUGACCCUGGGGAUCAGCAUCUUGUACCGAGCUCAACUGGGUCGGAAGCCGGGUUACUUCUCCUUCCUCGACCCCUUCUCUCCGGCAGUGUGGCUCUUCAUGCUGCUCGCCUACCUGGCUGUCAGCUGUGUGCUCUUCCUGGCUGCAAGGCUGAGCCCCUAUGAGUGGUACAACCCUCACCCGUGUCUCAGAGAGCGCAGGGACGUGUUGGAGAACCAGUACACGCUGGGGAACAGCCUGUGGUUCCCCAUCGGAGGCUUCAUGCAGCAGGGGUCAGAGAUAAUGCCCAGAGCCCUGUCCACCAGAUGUGUUAGUGGGGUGUGGUGGGCGUUCACCCUGAUCAUCAUCUCCUCCUACACGGCCAACCUGGCGGCCUUCCUCACCGUCCAGAGGAUGGAGGUCCCUAUCGAGUCUCCGGACGACCUGGCCGACCAGACCAACAUCGAGUACGGCACCAUCCACGGGGGGAGCACCAUGACCUUCUUCAUGAGUAAAAUCACUCGGUCUCCAUUCAGAGAUGAGAUCUCGCUGGCCAUCCUCCAGCUGCAGGAGAAUAACAGGCUGGAGAUACUGAAGAGGAGAUGGUGGGAGGGAGGCCAAUGCCCCAAAGAGGGGGACCACCGUGCCAAGGGUGGUGUGUAA